AUGGCCUUCCUGGGAGAGAACUUGACGGAGGUGGCGUCGACGGCGGCAGCGGCGGCGGCAGGGGCGGCGGGGGCGGCGGCGGCGGCGGCUGGGGACGGCUCGCUUUGGGGCGGCAAGCUGACGGCGAUGCUGGGCCUCUGGCUGGGCUCGUUUCUGGCGGGAGUGCUGCCGCAGCUGCUGCGCGCCACGGUGGCGCCGCCCCCGCAGCUGCAGCCGGCCAAGGGGCUGGGCUUCUGCGCCCGCAACGAGGAGCUGCUCGUCUCGCUGCUGCUAUGCUUCGGCGGCGGCGUCCUGCUCUUCACCACCUUCAUUCACCUGCAACCAGAGGUGCGCGACAGCUUCAGGGACCUGGAGAGCUGCGGCUACCUGUGGGAGAGCCGCGAGGGCCUGCCGCUGGCGGACCUGGCGUUCUGCGCCGGCUUCUUCACGGUGUACCUGGUGGAGGAGAUGGUGCACCUGCUGCUGGACAGCCGGCAGGACCGCAAGCGCCGGCGCCGCCAGCAGCACCAGCAGAGCGCCGAGUGCUCGGCGCACGACAGCGGCGCCAUCGCAGACUUCGCCGCCGCCGCCGAGGACGACGAGGAGGAGGAGGCGGACGAGGCGGUGCUCACGCGCACCAUGAGCCUGCGCUGCUCGCGCCGCGGCGGCCGGCCCGCCCGCGCCGUGGGCGGCGGGGGCGGCGGCGGCGGCGACGGCACGGUGCCGCCCACGCCGGCGCCCGCGGCGCGCGAGCCGCCGUCGCCGCUGCCCGUGCCGCUGCAGCUGCAGCUGCCGCCCACCGCCGCCGCCAGCGCAACCGCGGGCAGCGGCAGCGGCAGCAACGUCUCCACCCAGGGGCUCAUCCGCACCGAGUCCGCUAUAGGUAUCACGGACAAGCAGUCGUCGCUGCUGGACGCGGGCGUGCGCGUCAACAGCGCGUUCCCGUUCGGGCCGCCGGCCGGCCUGGGGGCGCAGGGAGACGGGCCGAUGCCGCCCCCGGGCGCCGCCGCCGGGGACGGGCUGCCCGGCACGCCUGGCCGGCGGCGCGCCAGCUCGUCGUGCUCGCUGCGCUGGCUCUUCACCAUCGUCGCCCUCUCUUUCCACGCCAUAUUCGAGGGCCUCGCCGUCGGCCUCGAGAAGGGGGUGGGCGACAUGUGGAUCCUGGUGUCGGCGGUGGCGAUGCACAAGCUGGUGAUCACGUUCUGCGUGGGCGUGAAGCUGGUGGCGGCGGAGACGCGCGGCCCGCUCGUGCUGCUGUACAUGGCGGUGUUCGCGGCGGUGACGCCGUUCGGCGUGGGGCUGGGGCUGCUGCUGGAGCAGCUGGGCCAGGGCAGCGUCACGACGCCGGCCGCCGCCAUCCUGCAGGCCAUGGCGGGCGGCACGCUGCUCUACGUCGUCUUCUUCGAGGUGCUGCAGCGAGAGCGCUCCUCCGACAACGCCGGCAUCCUCCAGCUGGCCGCCAUCGCCUUCGGCUUCGCCCUCAUGCUGCUCAUCCAGUUCUGCAGUGAGUACUCGGGCGCUCCGUUCACUCGCUUUUGUCUCCGUCGCUCUGACCGUUUCCCUGUAACACUGGACCAGAUCUAUGUGGCCCACUGUUUUUGUUACUUUUUGGAGAGGUCUGCUGCUGAAGGCACUCAAAAUGUUUCAUCAGGAUAUACCAGUUCCAACCGUCGUACAGCCCAAGUUGUCUGAUUUAUGUAACAUCACACUGCGUGCUGUUUUGUGAAAAACUGAUUCCGUGGCUGUGUACAAAAUAUAGUGAGAGGCACCAACAUGCCUUGCUCAUACUGUGGCAUCGAGCAGUCAGGCCUGCAAGAUGAGUGGUCUGCCAAGCGAGUGGAUUCAUUCUUAUUUCUCGAUCGAGUUACAUCAGUGACUGAUUAUGGGCUCUAGUACCCACAAUUAAGCUACAAAUUAUUCUCCUGUUUGAAUAUUACGCAAUGGAAACGGAUAACGCACAUCUGACUAUUAGUAAUUUACGCAACUCUGAUUGUUCACUACACACUGGCAAUACCACGUUUUCUUUCUUACCCAACGGCUU